GAUCUGUGAAAUUCAAAAUAUAGUUGCGCAUCGAUGAAAUAUAUACAUUUUUUGGUGUAUCGCAUAAAGGACGCUACGUAAGCUAUCUUGGUUUAAUACAGGGGUCUCCAAACUUUCCAAACUACUAUUUUUUCGAUAUAGAAUCCACUGGUAAAUUAUUGCCCUUUUUCCUUUUUUUUAUGAAUCAUACUGUAUACGCAGUCAAUGAGUUCUAGGAAUACAUUUUUAUUUAGUCUAUGAGUGGCUGAUAGAUAGAUAUCAAUAUAAUGUAUUUAUCUUAUUUACUUACGUACUAGAUAAGUGCCUAUAUAAAGAUAACUAUAGGUGAUUUUCUUGAAACUAAGCCUUUUAUUAUUAAGAAUCCAAGGAAGCAAAUGAUGAAACUCAUAAGCCUUAUUAUUCUUUGCGUUCCUACCUUGGUCUUAUGUGGAACUUGUCAAUACUCUGAUGAUACGGAUACGUUCAGUUGCAAUGGCAUCACUCAAGACGAAUUUCUUUAUGAAUUAUUUAAACACCGAAGUACAAUAAAUUUGAUCAGGCAUGUCAUCAUUACAAAUUCUAACUACGUUACAAUUGAAGAGUUUCCCAAUUUCAAGAGUUCUUAUGUAAGCUAUCUUUCUAUACGCAAUUCCUCUAUUCAACAGAUUAGCGAUGGAGCUUUUCAAGUGUUGACCAGAUUAGACACAUUAGAUUUAAGUCAAAAUAAUUUGAAAGAUUUAAAAUUCACAAAAACUUUGCCGGAUUCAAUAAGAACAAUAAUUUUGAGUCAAAAUAGUUUAGAACAAUUAGAUCUAAGCCAAAUUUAUGGUCUUGAUAAUUAUUUUAAACAUUUAGAUUUAAGUAAAAAUGAAAUCUCUUCUAUUCUACCAGCCAUACAUUCAGUUACUUUAAAUUCUAUUAAUUUGAGUUAUAAUAAGCUUACAAACUUUAAUGAAACCAACUUAAAUUCUGAUUUUAAAUCAUUAAAUCUUAGCUUUAAUUUACUAGAAAAUAUUGAAAUUACAAAUAAUAAAAACGUUCUCGCUAUAGUGGGAAAUAAUAUUUCAUCUAUAAAUUCGAAUAACGAUUUGAGUAUUAAGGAAUUUUACUCAAAUUUUAUACCGAACAAUUCAUUAUCUCAUAAUUCUAUUUUUAGUGUAACUAAUACAUUUUUAGGGUCCUUAAACGAUGAGAAAAAAUUAAAUUUACAAUUAUACGGUUCUUCUGAUAUUGAUUUUUCAAGAACAAACUUGUCAGAUAUUUCCGAAAAUUAUUUUCAAAAUAUGGAGAUCGGAAAAUUAAACUUGAGUUAUAAUAAUCUUAAUAUUUUAAAUAAACCAUUAUUUUCAGGUUCUUCUAUAGACACAUUAGAUUUGUCAAAUUCUGGAAUAAUAAAUAUAACAAAGGAAGUUUUUGAUAGUUCUAGUAGAUUCAGUUAUAGUUUUUCGUUAAAUUUAUCGAGAAAUAUACUUGAAGAAACUGUAGCUUUAUGUGAAACAUUAAAAAAGCUUACUAGCCUUGAUUUAUCAAUGAAUUUCAUAACACAAUUAAAAUCUGAAUUAUUUCAAAAUUGUAACUCAUUAAGAUUUUUGGAUUUAAAUGAAAAUAUUAUAACCCAUAUUGGUUCCGAUGAUUUUAAACACAUAAAUAAUUUAGAAACAUUAAUACUGACUAAAAAUAAAAUAUCCACUAUUGACAGUAAGGCUUUUGAGAAUUUAAGUUCGUUGAAAACAUUGGAUUUGUCAAAUAAUAUAAUAGAAAAUAUCGGAGAAUAUGCAUUUUCAAGCUUAAAUUCUUUAAUCACAAUAAAUUUAUCAUUUAACCGAUUAAAACAUUUAGAAUCUGAUACUUUUGUAAAUUUAAAUAUACAAAAUUUAUAUUUGCAAGGAAACGAUAUUAGAUAUAUAAAAUCAAAAGCAUUUGACGGUUUAUAUAAGCUACGUUUAUUAAAUCUGUCGAAUAUUGGUUUAACCACUUUAGAAAACGACGUUUUCUAUAAUAUGAGUAGCAUAAACAUUAUUGAUUUAAGUAACAAUUAUUUAACUGUAUUGGAUAAUAACACGUUUACAAAUUUACCCUUAACGGAAUUAAACUUAAGUAACAAUAAAAUAGUAGAGAUACGAACAGGUGCUUUUCGAAAUUUAAAUAAUUUGAACAAUUUAAAUAUGUCAAACCUUAGUAUUAAUAAUUUAGAACCGUUUGCUUUUUCAUAUCUUCAAAAUUUGCAGUCGAUAGACUUGAGAAACAAUAAUUUUACAGGAAUUCAACCCAAUGUCUUUAAAAAUAUAAAAUCGCAGAACAUGUACUUGAAUGGAAUAUCAGAACCAGUUCAUUUAGACGAUACAGUUGUAAUAACAACCUUAAUUUUGCAAUUUAAUGGAGUAUUAGAGGAAAGAACGAUUUCAAAUGUUAAUUUAAAAAAUCUACGUUUAGUAGACUCUCAAAUAGACGAAAUGAAAAAUAAUUGUUUACUAGGAAGUUACGGUUUAACACAAUUACUUAUUAAUAAUUCCACUAUUUCUUCAAUUGAAUCAAAUGCACUCGCUGGUUUAUUUAGUUUGUUAAAUUUAGAUGCUUCAAUAUUAUUUAAAAAUAAAGAAAUUUUGGAAGCAAAUGUUUUUAAAGAAUUAAAUAGUUUAAAAAUUCUCAAACUAUCUGAUACUAAAAUUAAUCAAAUCGAUGAUGAAACAUUUUCUGGACUUUCUAGUUUAGAAGAAUUAUAUUUAGAUGGAAAUGAUUUAAAUUCUAUUAAUAUAGAUACUUUUGCACCCUUAAAAUCAUCUCUUGUUAUUUUAGAUUUGUCGAGAAAUUCGUUUGAAACAUUUAAUUUAUCAGACAUAAAUUAUUUGUCAAAAUUAAGGACUCUAAAUGUUAGUUGUUCACCAACCAUACGUAAUUUAGUUAACUCACAUGAUUCACUUCCAAACUCAAUUGAAAACUUGUAUCUUUUUGAUAAUUCUAUUACUUCUUUGAACGCGGAUAUAUUUAAACCAUUUGAAAAUUUAAGAGAAUUAUUUUUAAAUGGUAAUUCAUUGACAACUAUCAGUUUUCAAACAUUUAAUUACACAAAAAACUUAGAAGAGUUAAGAUUAGACAGAAAUUCAAUAAGCAGCUUAUCAUAUGGACAAUUAGAUGGACUAGAAAAUUUAUUAAGUCUCAAUAUUUCUAGUAAUACUAAUUUAUUCUCAUAUUCUGGACAAAUUACCAAUUUGGUUUCAUUAAAAAAUAUAAGAUCGCUUUAUUUGGAUAAUACGAAUAUAGGUGAUAAUUUAAUAUAUAAUAACAUAAACCGUUAUUUUCCUUAUUUAAAACGGAUUACUAUAAAUAACAAUAGUUUCAGUUGUUCUUUUCUAUCUGGCAUGUUAAUAUAUUUCAAUUCUUAUGAGUACAAUUAUAAUCCAUAUAAUCCCAGAUUUGAUGUUCAAAACAUAAAUGGUAUCACUUGUAAAUAGGUAAAUGGUUAUUAUUUGUAAAUAAAUAAUGAAACCCCAA